CCACCCGGCCCCACCACCACCGACUCGUCUCGGGACUUCGGGAGGAGUGUGGAGACUCCAGAGCACGCCAUUGGCGUCCUGCUCGCGGCUCGCCAUGGAACACGCCGGGGUCGCGGAGCGCCUUCACGGCAAGACGGUCCUCAUCACGGGCGCCACCGGAUUCAUAGCGAAACUUCUUGUAGAGAAGAUCCUGCGGCUGCAGCCGCGGGUGAAGCGGCUGUACCUCCUCGUGCGCGCCCGUGACCAGGAUUCAGCAACGGAGCGAGUCCGCUCAGAGAUUAUGCAGCUUCAGAUAUUCCUCUCUUUGCGAGAGAAGUACCAAAACCAUUUCACUUCAUGGUUCUGGGACAAGAUCUUCCCCGUGGCAGGAGAUGUCUCAUUGAACAAUUUGGGUAUAGGGAAUGUUCAUCUUGCUGAAGAUAUAGUGAAAGAAACAAAUAUCAUCAUCCACAUGGCUGCUGCAGUUAACUUCAGAGAAAGAUAUGAUACAGCUUUGGCGAUAAACACAAUGGGCAUGAAGCAUCUUCUGGACGUCGCGUUGAGAUGUGUAAAGCUAGAGCUCGUUCUUCUUGUGUCAACUGCUUACGUUAACUCGAAGAAAUCAGGAGUCGUGCUGGAGAAGCCACUUCAACAGUACAGGAGCUAUGAUGGCCAAUCAGAAUUAGAUAUUUCAGAAGAAAUAGCAUUUGCAGAGGCGAAGCUGGAAGAGCUAGUUUGCAGCAGUGCUUCAGAAGAUGCUAUAAGGCACACCAUGAAGAAGAUUGGGACAGAAAGGGCUCGGAAGUUUGGAUGGAUGAACACCUAUGUUUUUACAAAGGCGAUGGCUGAGAUGCUGGCAUAUGAACACAGAUCACGGCUCCCAAUUUUCAUCAUCCGCCCAACUUCCACAACAAGCACGUUGAUGGAGCCUUUUCCUGGAUGGAUAGAAGGAAUCAAAACAAUUGACGUAUGGGUUACUAAUUAUGGUAUGGGGCAUCUAAAGUUUCUUCCUGGAGAUGUCACAACCAUCAUGGACAUUGUACCUGCAGACAUUGUGGUCAAUGCGAUGCUUUGUAUCAUCAGUUGCCACCCUCAAGGACCAUUGGACUUGAUUUACCAUAUUGGUUCUUCCAUGCGCAACCCACUAAAGAUUGGAGAUCUGCUGCAUGCAAUGUUCAGAUACUUCUUGGAGAAACCAUUUGUCGGUGCAGAGGGAGAGGUAAUCAAGGUGAAGCAGCUGGUUGUGCCAGCAACAAUGGACAGCUUCUAUGAGCACAUGGACAUACACUACAAGAUGCCUUUGGAGGAUAUGGUACGCCGUGGAUUAUCUACCACUGGGGAGCAAGACAGAUACAACCAUCUCAAGAGAGAGUACAAUUUCACAGUGGCUGUUGCAGAAGUGUUUCAGGCAGGCACGUUCUUCAAGAGGAGGUUUGAUGACUCCAACAUGCAGAGGCUUAUCACGUUUCUGAACGAAAGAGACAGAGAACUGAUCCCCUGUGAUAGCAAGUUCAUUAAUUGGAAGAAGUACCUCAUGGAAAUCCACUUCCCUAGUGUCAUGGAAUGUGAAUCAAGGGAAGCAACAAGGGCUAGGCUUUAAAAGAGUUUACACAAGCUCUGAAAAUCAAUCUCAGAGAACCUAACUUCCAUUUGGAACAAAUACUGUUACUAACCCAUAUAAUUCUAACAAAUACUCUACUUCACAGCAGUGUACAAAAUUCAGCAUGCUACAUAUCUGCUGCUCUGUUCUUUUCAAACAUUGGAUCGGGCAUUGUUCUUAUACUGUGGCAAUAAAAACGAUGUGUGGAUGCCUGUAAUGAAAAUCUCUAUGAUUUCUGUGCGUUUUGCUAUAAUGCUACAGUAAAUCUGUCAAUUUGUAUGCAUGCAAGAAGACAAAGCAUAGUCAUGUGGUAUUACAGACCUCCCGGUCUAUCUUACACAAGAAUCAAGACAAUUUCUUUCGUGUUUGAACUCCAGUUUGUGAGAUCUGACCUAAAGGUCUCUUUCUCGAAAGUCAAUCUUACACAAGAAUUGAACCCAUUUUUUUUCUUGUACGAAACUAUGAACUACAAUUUGUCUAUGAAGCUGAUCUAAAGGCCUUUUUCUCGGAGCGGAUGCUGAGGAAGCAAGCGGCCAGGCACCUCUCAGGAAUCUUCCCAUUCACCUAGAUGGAAGUUAGUUUUCUUCCACUCACCCCUAUAUGUGAGCCUUUUCUUUUUACAAUAUCAGUGGAUUUUUUUACAAUAUUAGGCUCAAGAGAGAAUAUGAUGUAACAGUGGCUGUUGGAGAGGCAUACUGGCCAGUCACGUUAUUCAAAGGGAGGUAAGAUAGGCAUAGCUCCAAGAAGAAAAUUCUAGGCCAUUUCUUUAUCAAGAACUGUUCCCAUUUUGUGCCCCUGUGCUGCACUUGCUGGUUUGAUGACUCCAACAUGCAGAACCUUAUCGCGACUAUGGAUGAAAGACACAGAGAUGAUCCCCUGUGACGCCAAGUUCAUUAAUUGGGAGAAGUUUUAUUUACGGAAAUUCACAGUCCUGGUGUCAUGGAAUAUGAAUCAAGGAUAGCAAAAGCAACAAGGGCUAGGCUCUAGAAGACUACAGACAAGAAGGUGUGUCAAAGAAAUAGAGCCUCCCUAGAGUUCCCAUCGAACUUCCAUUUUAAAUGAAUCCUCUGUCCAGUGUGCAAAUGUUGCCAUGCUAGAACUCCAGGAAUCCUCUGUAUUACUGUGCAAAAGUCACCAUGUACAAUACUUUUGUGUA